AUGGAGGGCGACGAAUAUGCCUCCAUAAACCCUAGAUUGCGAGGGAAAUGUUUGAUGCCUGGGACGCAAUGGGCGAGGCGCGCGGCCAGGGAAUGCUUGGCUCGAGCUCGAUCGCCGCCGGCAUCGCAACGGGGCGGAGGAGGAGGGCGGGCAAGCACUGGCGAGGAAGUGAAUCUUGUCGAGCAGCAGCGUGGCUUGAUCGCCGCGCUCCAGGAAUGCAAGCAGUCUAGGGAUCUCCAGCGAGGUCGCAGGCUGCAUUCUCAGGCGCUCGAGAGCGGCGGCGGCCUUGUGCGUAGCAUCUACGUCGCGACGACGCUGGUGGUUAUGUAUGCUCGAUGCGGCAGCAUGGAGGAAGCCCGGCAGGUUUUCGACGGGAUGAAAUCCAGGAAUGUGGUGUCGUGGACGGCUUUGAUCCUCGGCUAUGUGGAGAAUGGAAGAAGCGAGACUGGCUUGGAGCUGUUCGAGAGGAUGGAGAGGGAAGGGUGUAGAGCCGAUGCUCGGACUUUCGUGGCCGGGAUCAUGGCCUGUGGGACUCUGGCAGCCAAGGAAGGUGGUCAGGGGAAUUCGUUGAGCGAUGGAAGAGUUCUAGCAGGCAAAGAAGAUGCUUCUUCUGGAAGAGUUCUAGCAGCCAGAGAAGAUGGUUCUUCACGGGAAAAGUCUUGGCGGGAUGAGAAAGAUGUGAAGAAGAGGAUCAAGUUACAAGCUCUGGAAAGAGGGAGAGAGAUGCAUCGACGAGCUGCCGAGGCUGGCUGCGAGAUGAACUUGUUCGUGGCGAAUACUCUGGUGGACAUGUACUCGCGUUGUGGGAGCCUGGUCAAUGCUCGAGCAGUGUUUGAGAGGAUGCCGUGUCACAGCUUGGUCUCGUGGACGGCACUUAUCCAGGGUUGUGUGGAGAAUGGAGAAGAAGAGAGAGCGCUGGAGCUCUUUUCACGAAUGCAAGAGUCGCGAGGAGGGUCUUUGCCGGAUGCUCAAACGUUUGUGGCCGUUCUCGCGGCGUGUUCUGCUCUGGCAACGAAAGAGAAAGACAUAUCCAGCAGCAGCAGCAGCAGCAGCAGCAAAGAGAGGAAAGCUUUUUUGAAAGAGAAGGCGCUGGAAACAGGACUGGUGCUUCAUUCCGAGGCCGAGAAAGCUGGGGUCACCUCCAACAUCUUUGUGGCAAACAAGCUUGUGGAUAUGUACUCCAAGUGUGGGAGUAUGGAGGAUGCGAGAAGAGUUUUUGACAGGAUGGCCUUCCACGACGUUGUGACUUGGACGUCUCUCAUCCUGGGAUAUGUAGAAAGCGGAGAAGCAGCAUUGGGAUUGGAACUCUUCGAUCUCUUGGUGACAUCUCAGCAAAUUUUUCGAGAUCCUCGGUUCUUCGUGGCUGGACUCAUGGCCUGUGCUAGUUUGGUGGAGACGAGCAAGGCCGACUGCCUGGAAAAACUGGCUUUUAUUCACUCUCAAGCUGGGAAGAGCGGGUGUGACUCGGACAUGUUCGUGGCCAGCACUCUGGUGGAUUUGUAUGCCAAGUGUGGCAGCAUUGGAAACGCUCGCGGGGUUUUCAAUCGGAUGCCUCAACGGGACGUGGUUUCCUGGACUUCUCUAGUUCUGGGAUAUGUGGAGAGAGGCCAGGGGGACAUGGCUCUGAUGCUUUUCUCGCUCAUGCAACGUGAAGGUUGCGUUCCAGACGCUCGGACUUACGUCGCUGCCUUCAUGGCUUGUGCGAGCCUGGCCGAGCAUAAAGAAGAGUUACUAGAUGGAAGAAAGGUCGAGGCUCUCCAGGAAGGAAAGCGUCUCCACUCGGAGGCUGUGAAGUGUGGCUUUCUCUCGGACAAGGUGGUGGCAAAUUCCCUGGUAGACAUGUACGCGCGCUGCGGAAGUAUGGUGGAAGCUCGAAAAGUUUUCGACGAGAUGCCGAGUCUAGACGUGGUUUCGUGGAAUUCACUGCUGCUAGGAUAUGUUGUUAACGGGGAGAGUGAAGUGAGUUUGGAGCUGUUCGAGGAAAUGCAACGCAAAGGCUGGGAUCCGGACGCUCGGACUUUCGUUGCUGUUUUCAAGGCCUGCGGCAACCUGACAUCCGAGAAGGAGGAAUCGACGGCUGAGUGGCUCAAGCGAGGCAGUGCAUUCCAUCUUCAAGCUUCUCAGUGCGAGCUGGAUUCUCACAUCUUCGUGGCCAAUAGUUUGAUCGACAUGUAUGCCAAGUGUGGAAGCUUGGCCGACGCUCGAGCAGUCUUCGACAAAAUGCCACUCCACGACUUGGUAUCCUGGAACACGCUGCUCUCCGGCUACGCAGACAAUGGAGAGAGCGAGAAAGCUCUCGAAGUCUACAAGCUCAUGCGCAAAGAGGAGAGCUCCUCGUGCCGGCCAGACGCUCGAACUUUUGUUCCACUCUUGAAGGCCUGCUCCAACACCGCAGCUCUGGAAACUGGGAGAGCCAUCCACGGCGAAGCUGUGCGGUCGGGAGUGGAAAGCAGUCCAUUCCUCGCAGCCUCUCUGGUGGAUUUCUACGGCAAGUGUGGAGGAAACAUGGCUCAGGCGGAGCAAGCCUUCGACGUGACUCCAACCAGGAACUUGACGCUGUGGAGCGCUCUCAUGGCUGGCUAUGGUCGACUUGGAGACACGAACCAGGUACUUGGGCUGUUCCAGACGCUCGAGGAGACAGGCUUGCGGCUGGACGGAGCUACGUUUUGCUCGCUUCUCACCGCGUGUAGCCAUGCCGGGCUGGUCGACCGGGGAAGAGAAGUUUUCCUCGUGAUGGCUUCCAAGUAUGGUGUUACUCCUGGCGUGGAGCACUACCACUGCCUGGUGGAUUUACUGGGACGAGCUGGGCUUGUCGAGGAAGCAGUGAGCGCCGUGAAAAAAAUGCCGCUCGGGCCGAGCGUGGUGGCGUGGAAGACGGUGCUGGCUGCGGCUCGGAAGUGGCAGAAGGUGGAGAUUGGAAAGAUGGCGUUUCAAGCGUUGGCAGCGCUGGAGGUGGAGGUAGACGAGGAUCAAGCUGGAUCCACGUUUGCGUUGAUGGCGAACAUCUACGCUGGAGCUGAGAUGUGGGAAGAACAGGCACAAGUUCUCAAGCAAAAGAAGAGCUUGUUCUUGGCAACUUAAGCUCUACUUCUUCCGAAACGCUGGAAGCAUUAGCACAGGAGAAGCUACGAGCGAGUGCUCUGAUUCUGGGGCCGCUCAAGGCAUGCAGCAGCGCCAAGGAUGGGAAGAUCAUCCAUGGCAAUGCCAUCCAGUUUGGAGCGAUUGCGAACCUUUACGUGGCCAGUGGUCUGGUUCAUAUG